AACAAGGGUCAGUUUCGUAGUACUCUGAUCUUUCCUACAUACAGAUAACUCAGAAAAAAAAUCACAAUGCGAUUUGUAUAUUUGGUUGUUGCCCUAGCUUGUGUUUACACCAUUGGAGCAGUUGCCGACCAACAAGCGCCAUCAACGACGUCUGGGAAGCACACAUCACCCGCCAAAAAUGAAGCAAAGGAACAGUCAACGUUGGGCCCAAGUCCCAAGAAAGACCUUCCUUCGCCAAGUCCUCAAAACAAAAACCACUCUUUAGCGGGCACGCAAAAGGUUUCCCCUACGGAGAAACCCUCAGGUGACAAGGUUAAAACGAGCGCGCCUCCCCAGAGCAAAGCCGACGAUUCCUCUAAGAAGGAUCCCACAAGUAUCGCAGCUUCAGACGGCAAGAGCGCGGGAGCCGAGCCUGCUGCCGGGGGCGACGGACCUCAGGCAAAACCGACUCCGCCGAACAAACCCUCAGCGGCUCAAACUCCGGCGAGCGUCAAGGUGCCGGCUAAGGGGGACGAGAAUAAAGAGAUGUCCCAUGUAACCGGACCAGAGACAGACGCUUCACAAGUGACUUCUGGGAAGGCAAGUACGCAAGUUACUCCUGAAAAGACGGACAAUGAAAACUCCGCCCAGACCUCUCCCGCGGUGACAUCGUCCCCUGCUUCCACGGGAGACGAUGAUGGUGUUGGUGAUGGUAAAGAUGAUGAUGCUGAUGAUGAUGAUGAUGACCGUGAUGAUGAUGAUGAUGAUGUUGUUAUUCCUGGACCUGAGAUGAAGAAUCAGAACAAGGAUGAUGGCAGUAGCAGUAGUAACGGGCUUAGGAAACAGAACUACCUAGAUCAACCGCCUGACGCAGAGAGCAGCCAUUUCUUUGCGUACCUGGUUUCCACAGCCGUGCUGGUGGCUGUGCUUUACAUCGCUUAUCACAACAAACGCAAGAUCAUUGCCUUUGUGGUAGAAGGUAGGAGAUCGAGAUCAUCACGCAGACCCAAAUCAACGGAAUACCAGAAACUAGAGCAGCAGAUUUGAUUGGCUGAUGACAUCAGCAAGUCCAAGAGUGAAGCCUGAAGGAGGAACCUUUUUUUUUUUUUUUCCCCCACCCAUACUGUAAAACAAACUUGAUUUAAAAGUUCACACAGUCUGUGUCAAAAACCUGGCAUGACAGCGAUCAUAAAAACAGAUUACGCUCUGCUUGAGAAUUCUGGUCAUUAGUAAACCAGCUGAUGGAGAAAGGGUGAGUUAUAUCAGUGUGAGUGUGGCUUAUUGGCUUUUAAUUCAAGUUUCGUAUUACAGGUAAACUUGCUCUCUGUUUUACACACACACACACACACACAUAUAGAUAUAUAGAUAUAUAUAUAAAUAUAUAUGUAAUUCUUUUUCUUUUUUGAGUCCUGGGUUCCAGAGUUUGUUGGUCUGGCGGGGUUAUUAUUAUUUUUUUCUAUGAAUAAAUUGUUGGGUCCUUUUACACCAGCCUUUUGUUUCACUUUAGGUUAAUUGAUUUCAGGUUUGUUUGUGACAGAAUUGAAAAGAGGUCAGAGAAAUGGUUUUGUUUUUUUUUUUUCUUGCCGUUAAUCAUGGCUGCUCAUUGCAUGUUUGUACAGACGUGACUGUGGCCUUGUGGGACACUUUUAA